AUGGACGGCCCGGACAAGUUUAACGACUACCAAGCCGAAAUACCAGGCCCGCCAAUCAUCAACAUCGAGGCUGUUGAGGCCGAUGCGUCGAAGCCAGUAUCGAGACGCAGACCCACCAAGCUGGAGCGCAUGCUGCACGUGAGCUUGGCUUGUUGUAUGUUUCCCUUGCUGAUGCUGGCCACCAUAGUCCUGCUGUUCCUGAUGUUGACGUUUGUGUGGAAGGGAAACAUCGACAUCGUUGCACAUGCCUCGGUAGUCGUCACGCUGCUGUUGGUGACGUUGGUCCCGUGCCACCUCAGCUGUGUGGGCAGGUGCGGUAUCAGAUCAUGUCUCUGGCGAUAUGUGUUCAUCGGUGCACCCCUCAUUGCGCUGGUGGCAUUUAUCGGUUUCUUCUUGGGACUGUUCUAUAGCACCGAAGAGGUCCUUUUGAACACUUCUUACGACGCAUCCCAAGCGGUGCUUGUCGUGGGCACUGGGCCCAGUGGCCUUUCUGCAGCGUGGAUGCUGGCGAAGAGCGGCCGCAAGGUGGUGCUGCUAGAAGCGACCGACGACAUCGGUGGCCACUCCAAAACCUGGGUGGAACCAACGGAACAAGGUGAUUUCCCUGUGGACAUUGGCUACAUCUUCAACAACGUGAACUACCAUCACUACAUCAAUUUCACCAACUAUUUCGGAUAUCCACGCGUGGACACUGCGUUGAACACAUCGGGCGCCUUCAAUGGCAGAUAUUGGGACAAUGUCCAUGCCGAACGAGGCGUCUUUGGUGAGGACUUGGAGGCGGAAGUGGAUCGUUUCUUGGAGUUGGUCCAGCAGCCGGACGACACCCUGAGGUAUUUGACCCCCUUGGGUGCCUUUCUAUGGUGGCACGGCUUUUCCGACGACUUCUACAG